AUGACAACUCUGGCGACGGCUUCCACUAAGACGCUGGCGUCCGAUACCGCUGAGAUCAUGGCCCUCUCCAAGCAGAUCACCCGUGCCCUGGAAUGUCCGAUAUGUUUGAACCUCAUGUCGGCAAUGUCGUGCUUCUGCCCCAAGGGGCAUGCGCUGUGCAAGCCGUGCACGCUGACGCUGUUGGACACCGUCGGUACGAGUAAUACCGCCAUACCGUGCCCGCUGUGUCGGACGAUGAUGGUGCACUUGUCGAGCAUUUCGGCAAUGACCGUCAAAUUGGGCCAAAUGUUCGCUUUCGUGAAGGUGGCGUGCCCCAACCAGUCGUUCGGUUGCUCCGAGCUGGUGCCCGUGCAGCUCUUUGACGAACAUCAGUCCGAGUGCCGGUAUGUUCCGGAUGUGCAGUGCCAGGUAGGCGCGUGCCAGUGGGUCGGCAUGUGCGAACAACUGUACGAACACGUUCACAACGCGCACACCGGUAUCGCCCUUCAGACUCCGGGGAACCGGCUGAAAUUGACCGGWAUUCAAAAAAUCUUGAAGAACCGUCGUCAGACGUACCUAGUCCAGUCAACGUAUGGUAUGUUUUGGAUUCUGUUGGCGCGGAAGACGCGGUUACAAAUUCAGACCGGACUAUUUAUGGUGGGCAAUACUUGGAGCAGUCAAAAAUCGASAUCAACACGCUACCGAAAUCGCGCCAACCCKUGGUUACCAGACAUCGUGUACCGGGUAACGUGGUUCGACUGCAACGGCCAUAGAAGUACUAGAAGCAAAACGAUGAUGGUAAAAUGGAGUACAMCCCUGAAUGAAGGCGACCCCACGGUAUUGACUGACGCGUAUUCCACGUCCAGAUUCAAUUGUAAUAGCCUGGAAAUCAACUGGUGUUCGUCCAUGCAGUAUUAUUUCAAUCACUAUACAAUCCCCAUUGACUUGACCACCGAAAGCCAGUGA